AUGCCCGACUUUGGCUCCAUCGUCAAGGGCGGGUGGCAUCCCGAGAAGAAGGGCACCACCUUCAAGGGCCAGAUGAAAGGCCUCGUGGGAAGAGGUGACAAGGACAAGGACGAAGAGCGUGCCAAUCACGUCUCUCGACCCAUCGCCUCCCUGCGAGAUCCAGCCUCUUUUGCCCCUCCUCCCAAGCGCACCGCAGACCAGCCUCUGCCGCCGCCCAUCUCCCGCACGAGCACAGCAUCCUCCGCCGCCGGCGGACCUCCGUCCUACAACGACUCCAACCGCUAUGCUACUCAGCAGCAGCAGCAGCAGCAGCAGCAGUAUGGCGCCGUCGCCGAGGAGGAGGACGACACGCCGGCCCCUCCGAAGCCCUACCGGGUCGACACGACCGGCCUCUCGACGUCCCAUCUGCCGCCGCCCCCCAAAAUGAAGAACAUGGGCAUCGCGCCGCCCCCAACCCCUCCCUCCGCCGCCGCCUCCGCCGCCAGGGCUCCGCCGCCGAGCCUGCCCCCGAGGUUGCCACCCCGCACCCCCUCGGCCCCCUCGACGCCCGUCCAGAGCCCCGCGCCCACCGGCGCCUCCGCUAACGCGGCGAGCGGCGGUGGCGGCUACCUCAACCAAGGCGCCCUGAACCGUCUCGGCGCAGCCGGCGUCUCCGUCCCGGCCUUUGGCAUCGGCAGAUCCUCCUCUCCAGCCGCCCCGGCCCCAGCACCGGCCGCCGCGCCAUCGCCCGCCCCGGCCCCCGCCGCCUCGCACAUGAGCGAGCUCCAGAACCGCUUCUCCAAGCUCAACAAGCCCUCCUUCGGCGCAUCCUCGCCAGCCGGCGUUCCCACCGGCAGCUACGGCGCCACGAGCCUCCCGCCCGCCGAGGGCACGACCAUGGCACAGAAGCAGGCAGCCCUGCGCACGGCGUCCAACUUCCACAAGGAUCCGUCCUCCGUCAGCAUGGCGGACGCGCGCUCCGCCGCCGGCACCCUCAACAACUUUCGCCAGCGCCACGGCGACCAGGUCGCCUCGGGCGUCCGCACGGCGGGCGCGCUCAACCAAAAGUAUGGCAUUGCCGACCGCGUGGGCGGGUACGCGGGGCAGGUGGGCGCGCAGCAGGAGGGCGUCACCCAGGGGCAGGGUCGGGCCGAAACCGCGUCGACCGUCUCGUCGUCGUCGGCGGCGGUGCUGCCGCCGCCGGGGCUCGCGGGGAAGAAGAAACCGCCGCCGCCGCCGCCGCCGAAAAAGAAGCCUGCCCUAGCCGGGGUUCCGCAGCAGCAGCAGCAGUCGCCGUCUGCGGACGACGGGGGUCCGCCGCCGCCGGUUCCCCUAUCGACGAGACCUCAGUGGUGA